AUGGACCAAAGUCAAAAGUCAUAUUUUUUAGUCGGGGCAGGCAACAUUUUGGAACUGCCCGCGUUCUGGCCGGAUGCAGUGGCAGCUUGGUUUCAGGUUGUGGAGGGAAAGUUCCAGGCCAACAACAUCACAGAUCAACUCAUGAUGUACGAGAUCGUCGCCUCGGCAUUGCCUUUGGACGUGGCCAAGGAUGUGUCCGAGGUGGCCGCGAAUCCUGAACCCGGCAGCUCAUAUACCCAACUUAAAAGCGCCGUCUUGAGAAGCAUCCAGACGCGGAUUUCAGAGCGCAUCCUCGAGGCGUGGACAUCGGGCGAAAUAUCCAACCAAAAACCAUUAGAGAUGUUGAGGAAGAUGCGCUCUAUUGCCGGCGGUAACCUCUUGGUGGAGCCCUUCUGGAAGAGGCUUUUUCUUCUUUACCUGCCACCUAGCACGCGGGACGUCUUACUUCCUAGGAUUCACCGUUGUACCCUCGACCAGUUAGCAGUCUGCGCAGACAUUAUGCAAAGUUUGGACACUUUUUUACCAGGGACCCAGCCUCACUUGGCCCCCGGUCUGGCACCGAUCAACGGAUUCGACGCGUCCGACACAUCGGAAUGGAGCUUGUUUGAUAUGCUGGAGGUCAGGUCGGCCUUGGAUUCCGCUCUUUCGAGUUGUAGGUCGAGAGCGCAACUUUUGCUUCCACACCUAGCCCCGAGGCGUCCGGAUCCUACUCAACAACAGUUCACCACCCCGCAGGCUUCGGGAGCUCUGGAAGUCCUCAAGUGCCUGCAUUCGUAUUGCGAGCAGAUGGAAUCGGCAUCGCCUUCGGUUGCGUCCACGCGGCGCCGUAGUUCUUCUGAACAACGUGUCUCCACCCAACAGAUGUCGGAGGCCGAAUCGGUACUGGCCCCUCCUGUCUUUAACUGCAGGUCGAAAGACCGACCAUUGCUUCCACCACCUCCACGCACGAUGUGUCGUAGUUCUUCUGAACAACGGCCCUCCGCCAAAAACAGGCCUUACCGAAAGUUAUUACGGAAUACUCAUCUUUCCAAUAGAAGUACCAAGAGACAAUGGCUGCUCGCAGAACCAGCUCAUCCUCUGCCGCCCCGCACCAAACGUUUGGCGUGCUGGUACCACAGAAAUUACGGGGACCUGGCGCGUCGGUGCAUACAACCCUGUGAUUAUAUAAGCCCAAAUUAG